AUGUCGGCUGUGUUUGCUAAACAAGAACGAUGGGAUCGAGUUUUGUUCUAUGCCAAAAAAGCCAAUGAGCUGGAUUCCCAAAACACGAAAUCAAAGUUCCGAAUGGGUCAAGCCUAUUUGCAGUUAGAGGAUAUUGAGAAGGCCAAGGAAUUAUUGGAAGAGGUACUGGCCUUAAACCCUGAAGACGCACUUGUUAAAAAGGAAUUACAAAAGGUAUCCAUAGCGAUUAGACAGAUGGAUGAUAAAGAAAAGUUGAUUUACAGAGCCAUGAUGACCAAACUUUCACAAGAAAAGAAAUAA